AUAUUUUAUCCACUCUCAGGGAAUCAUUGACUUGCUGUUCGUUGUCGUGAUCGUACAUGUCCUAUUUGUUCUUUUUAAUUGGGUGUCUCAAGUCUUUUUAAAAUGUCUCACAUAACAAUGUAUCGUGCUAACAUAGAGAAGGAGGACUUCAAAACCCUAUUCUACUUCGACGAAAAAAUGUAUUUUACUGGAGAUCGGAUGGAGUGUGUGAUUAAAUUGGAUCCAUUGGCAAACAUCUCAGUAAUAUGGCUGAAUGUUAAAAUAAUUGGAAAAUUUUCUUAUAGAUUCAAUCCUCAAAUGUGUGAUGAACCUAUUUUCCGUAGAGACCUCUUAGAUCAUCAGACUUUUAGUUAUGGAAGAAAGGGAGGUGCAGCCCAUUACUUGGAUCCAUAUACCUUUCAGAUAGCCUUUAGGUAUCUCAUAUCACGUGACCUACCAACAAGUUUACGUUCUAAUAACGGAAAAGUUUUAUAUUUCGUGGAAUUAAAUGCUUUGAGAUCAAAUAAUCGACAGUAUCAGUUACAGUGUCCCUUCAGAGUUAUACAUCGUGUUGAGUUGCCACGUGAACUUUUACCGUCCCAGGAUAUGGAAAAGUAUAUGAUGUGUUGCUGUAAGACCUAUUGCCAUUUAAAGUUAUCAACACCGCAACAGGCAUAUCUCAGAGGAGAUGAGAUUUCCCUAAAGGUAGAAGUUACGUGUCUUCGUCGUGGUCAAUGUCGAUUAAGAGAUAUUCGUUACACACUUGUGCGAUACUAUGAGUACAAAGUAAUACUUAAGGAGGUUGUUUUAGAAGAUGUAAUACUUCAUACUGAGCAUGGUUUCAGUUACAUUAUGUCUAAUCAAUCUAUCGGCUAUGGAGACACAAAGACUUACGUCGGCUGUGUCAGAAUUCCUGAUGAUUGUCUACCGACCUAUGAAAACAGGAAUGACAAUUAUUGUAAAUACAUGAGGAUCACGUAUGCCAUUGAGUUCAAAGCUAAGCUGCGCAAAUGGUUGAUUAACUUACCCGUUGUUGCUAGAUUACCCAUAAGAAUUUGCACUGAAGUUGAAGAAGGUUCCAUGCGAUCUGAUGAAUAUCCAUUCCUUCAUCUUGGACCACAUCCAAUACGUCCGAUUCCUCUGUCUGAAUUAGAUGAUGAUACUUUAGGUGGAAGGGGUAUGCCCGUUGGAGGAGAGAUGAUUCCUAUGAAGAAGCUGACUACUGUCCAGGAAGAUACAGCUGAAGCUUCAUGUAGCAACAGUGUACAACAAGAUGUGAUGUCAAACGAUGAGUCUCAAAUGAGUAGUCCUGUUUUACAUGAAGUAAAUGUUGCAAUGCCACAAUCAAAGGAUGACGAUUCUUCUGAAAGUAAUGCACCGGAAGUUCAUAAUAUUGUUGCUACCGUUCAUCACUCAAAGGAGGUGGAAUCAGAAGAAAGCUCAACUCUGGAAUCAGGAAAGGAUGAUGAAACCAACCAUCAAGAAGUAGGUGCUGAUGCUAAACCUGCCGGGGAUGAUCUGGCAGAGACUACGGUAUAAGAUAUAUAUACAUUAAUUGAUCGACAACGGAUUUACAUCCAAACUUGAGAACAUCUGACCAGCUCUCCUUCCAUUCAUUCUUCCAACUUGAAUCAGGGGAAAUGUGCAGAAGAGAGACAACCGGACACAAGCUAGUAUGAUGUAUAAACGACAAAAGAGCACGAAAGGCGGAACAGUGGUGGGAAUGUGGCCUGGAGAGUGAGCAAGAGGGUGACGUCACUCGCCCAAGGUGGGGUACAACGAGGCCUUUCGAUAAAAGUAAAAGUACCAUGAAAUACCACAAUAGUGUCUGUAAACAUUUUGUCAGGCAUUUGCCAAGAAAUCUACCUCAUAAAUUUGUAAUUUGUAUCAUAUUGAUCAAGUAAAAAAGAGAUUGUCUCAAA